AUAUUUAACUGAGUUUUUUUCUUCUUCUUUUCAAGGUCCCCGAGUCCCGAUGGUGACUGUUCACAACACAACCGAUGCACAGAAAAUUUUUGAGCUGGAGGUAAAUGAAAAUGUGCAGCUGAUUGUAAAUGACAGGCAAAUGCCUAAGGUAGAAUACAUGGAAAUCAAGAUAGAUGAUUACAAAUUGCCAAUGCAGAUCUUAAAGCCAGCAACCUUUUCGGACACCGCGCACUACCCCUUGCUUUUGGUUGUAGACGGGACGCCCGGCAGCCAGAUCGUAACGGAGAGAUUUGAGGUGACGUGGGAAAGCGUCAUGGUCAGCUCUCACAACGCCAUCGUGCUGAAGUUCGACGGUCGUGGGAGUGGCUUCCAAGGCACUAAGCUGUUGCAUGAGGUUAAGAGAAGACUGGGACUUUUGGAAGAGAAGGAUCAGUUGGAAGCUGUCCGGACAAUGCUAAAGGAGCAUUACAUUGAUAAGCUGCGAGUCGGUGUGUUUGGGAAGGAUUACGGUGGCUACCUGAGCACUUAUAUGCUUCCAGCCGGCGAAGAGAACCAGGUGUUUGCCUGUGGAGCUGCUCUCUCCCCGCUGACGGACUUCAAACUAUAUGCUUCAGCCUUUUCUGAAAGAUACUUGGGCUUGCAUGGGAUUGACAACAGAGCAUACGAGAUCACCAAAUUAGCACACAGAGUCUCAUUACUGAAGGAACAGACAUUUUUGAUCAUUCAUGCUACCGCUGAUGAAAAAAUCCAUUUUCAGCAUACUGCGGACCUUAUCACACACCUAAUUAGGGCAAAGGCUAAUUACAGCUUGCAGAUUUACCCUGAUGAAAGCCAUUACUUUAGCAAUGUGGCAUUGGAGCAGCAUUUGUACAACUCCAUCGUCAACUUCUUUGUAGCGUGUUUCCAGGUUCAGGACAAACUCCCGAUAGCCCCACUGAAAGAGGAGGAGGAUGACGAUUAACCCUACUUGUCCGUGCUAAGCACAAGGCAGAUCUCUCUAACAAUAUGCAACUGGAUCAUUUUCCUGAAGAAAGAGAUGUUACGUUGUUAGCAUGUGUUUAAA